AUGACACGGUUGAAACUAAGGAUUCAACAACUUGAGAAUCAGCUGGCCCAAGCAAAUGCUAGGCCCAUAAACCAGCCGUCCCAUGAUUUAGAUCUCGUCUCGGAUAUCGAGACAAUGAGCUCACGUCUGAGCGGAACGCUUCACAUCCAUCGUAAGAGAGGCGCAUCGGGCCAGCCAGAGCCCAUUCCUUAUAACGUGAGCCUCAAGACACGCUUGUUCGGCCAAAGUCAUUGGGCCGUCAGCGGUGUCUGUCUGGUUCGCGACAUCUUCAAUAUACUUGAGCCCUACCUUUGUGAUGAAUCGUCUCUGGCCUGGAUAGGCAUCAAGAAGUGCAAAGACUUGGCUCGGUGCAUCAAAGCGGCACGAGCGCCUGCAUGGCCUUCAUGGCCUCCACUCCCGACAUCCACACUGCCUGCUAAAGAGAUAGCGGACGCACUCGUAGAUAAUUAUCUACGAACAACUGAGGCUAUCUAUCGAAUCCUACACGUCCCCGCCUUUCGCAGGGAGUAUGAAGAGCUCUGGAUGUCGAAUGAAAGGCCCGACAUGGCCUUCUUGAUGCAGGUUAAGCUUGUGCUUGCCCUCGGCGCUGUCACCUACGAUGACCGGUUCUCGUUGCGGGCCUCAGCCAUCCAAUGGGUCUACGAGGCUCAGCUUUGGAUCUCAGGUCCAAAGUACAAGUCAAGGCUGAACAUCCAGUCCCUCCAGGCCAACCUCCUACUUUUGUUUGCGCAGGAACAGGUUGGGUUCACUGGAGAUUUACCUUGGGUAUCGGCCGGCGCUCUGCUGCGGAAGGCGAUCUACAUGGGCCUGCACAGGGAUCCCGGCCGCCUAACCCAGAUGACGAAUUUUGUAAUAGAAAUGCGCCGACGACUCUGGAACACAAUUCUCGAGGUCAAUCUGCAGUCUAGUUUGACCUCUGGUAGUCCUUCUUUACUCUCUCUCAACGACUUUGACACGGCCCCUCCUAGCAACUUUGACGAUGAGCAGCUCGAGACUCAGGAUCCAGUUCCGAGACCGGAAGGAGACUUCACCAAAGUGUCCAUGGCGGUUGCACUCCGCAGAACCUUCCCCUAUCGCCUUGCUGUGGUUAAAUUCUUGAACGAUUUGACCUCUCCCGGCACAUAUGAGGAGACACUCCGGCUCGAUGCGGACCUGCGAGAGGCGUAUCGCAUGCUAGCACAGACGCUGCGAGCAUGCACCAGCUCCGGCGACGGCCCCUCUCAAUUUGAAAUUCAGGUCGUGGAUCUCCUCAUGCACCGUUACUUUUGUGCUCUGCACAUUCCGUUUUUCGGUCAGGCACGGCACGGGACCGCCUAUGUCUUCUCACAAAAGACGGUGGUCGAGUCGUCGCUUAAAGUGUGGCGAGCGGUGUGCCCAACCCCGUCGCCGAUGACCGUUUCUCUCACCAGCGACGCAGCUCCCUUGUACAGUAACGACCUGCCGCGGCUCGUUUCCUGCAGCUCUGGCUUUUAUCCGACCGUGGCCAUACAUGCUGCAUUUCUAAUUGGGAUGGAGCUGUGUACCCAGUUACAGGAGGAAGACGGUCUCUGUCCUGCUCCGUUGCGGCCAGACCUUCUUUCGGUGUUGGAGGACGCAAAGGCAUGGUGCUUGAGGGUCCUCAAGGCCGGUGAAACCAAUGUCAAAGGCUACUUGCUCAUGAGCAUUGUUUCGGCACGGGUCGAAGGACUAAUGCGCCCUCUUGAAGAUAAGGAGGUUACCAGGCUACUGGUCAAAGCUGUUGAGACUGUUGGAGAGAAAUGCUUUCCAAUCUUAGAAGAGAUGGCAGCCUCGAUCCAAGAGCAGAGGGGAGGGCCAGUGGACGACAUGGCAGACGAGAUGACGAAGGACUGGAACUUUCCAAUUCCUGACGUACCUUUCAACCCGAGUGACACCGAGCCAAUGAGCUGGAUCUUCAACGAAGAUUUUGAUCAGGGGUACUUGGAAUUCUAG